AUAUCUCAUUUGCUUGGACCGUUUUGUUGGCGGUGCUCCAGCUCCUCUCCCACUUGUCACAGUUCUCUUCUCGGCUGCAAGUCAAAGAAGCAGCCAGCUGAGUGAGUAGGGAGGACCGGAACAGAGCCGGAGUGUUAACUCCGUCUGAGGAGAGUUAACUGCUCUUUGUAGCACAAUGCUGUGAAACGAAAACUCGGUACUUUGAAUAUGUCAGGCAGCUGAUAGCAGAUAGAGGAGCAGCCAGACCCAUGUCCAAGAUUUGGGUGUGAACAACUUGGGACACAAUGUCUCUCUUGCUGAUUUCCUUCCUUCUAAUUCUUCUGCUUGGCACUCUGCUGUUAUGCAUCAUUUUCAGGUGGCUUAUAUGUACCCUGGCUGUGCGAUUCUUCCAGACUGCGCUGAAUGCUGAGCUAAAGAUCAGAUCAGUAGGGCUGUUUUCUGUCCAAGGAAUUAGUAUCCAAUUUCACCCCCAGCAUACCCUGGAAAUUGACAGAAUAUGGAUUUCAAGUAAACUGCUAAACCAGGAUUUGCCGCGAUACCUGGCAUUGUGUGUUGGGGACACCAGGGUUAGGUUUGACUUGCAAGCACCGCUCAGACCUUUAGUUAAGACGAGCCAUGGUAGAACGUCUGGAAAGUUUUCAGUCAGCCCCACAGCACUGCGCUUUCUGUCACAGCUGCUCUCUUUCCACAUCAGCUCCAUCAAUGUGAUGGUACUGAACUUGGCACUGUCAGAGUCUCUGUGGCACAUGACUAUUACAGGCAUCACCUUAUUACUUGACCACCAGAGUAAAAAGCUGGCAUGGGACUUCUCAGUUGGGCAGCUAAGCAGUAAAGUCCUUAAAAGCAGUCAGUUGGAUAUAUGUUUGGCUGAGGUGGCCCUGAGCCUGCUGCUGUCUGGAGAUGUGAGCUUACCGGAGAUGAAGCCAGGCAGUUUGUCCCUGAGUGUGAGGACGUUUACAGCAGAGCUGCACGAAGGACUCUUUCUCAGCCAACUACUCUUGCCCCCGUCUCCCCAAAAGAGCGUUCAUAAUGCAUCUGAGAGUGAAAACGCUGAGUUUAUCCAAACUGACACUGUCGAACAGUUUCAUCAGCUGAUUCCCAACAAGGUCAAUGUGGAAUUCGAUAAUACAAAUGUAACCCUGUCCAUGCACAGCCAGAAAAGACACCUGAACUGGACUCUGAAGUCUCUAAAAGUCUGCUAUGGACGUGACGAUCAGCAGCUUCCCCUUAAAAGCUUCACUCCUGAGCUGAGCUUUCCCCAGAGCAGCUUGGAGCUCCUUUUUGAAGAUGGACUUCUCCUCUCACAAAGUCGGCAAAGAAUCCUUUGUGUGAACACACUCAAGACAACCGUGCAGGUUACCUCAAUGGACAUUUCAGGGUCAUUCACAGUGAACACUUGCAUUGUUCACUACCGUCAUCAGGAGUUCUCUCAUUGGUUAAAUCUAUUUCCAUGGGAACAGCUAAUCCACCGGAAGGCAGCACAUAGAAAAAGGCGCCUCCCUCACCUGGAUGCUCCUGUGAUGAUCACCUCUUCUGUGUCCAACAUUAACGUGUCCGUUCAGCUGGGAGACACAACGCCUUUUGCCCUUGGUUUCCUCUCUGCCAGUGCAGAACUGCAGCAUCUUCUUGACAUUAAAGAUGACACCGAGAACCCAGAGUCCCAGAAUGUUCACCAACGUGCCUCACUGUCCCUGGACAACUUCUGGUGGAGAGUGGGUCAGGGGUCUCAUAUCCAACAAGCUCCCCACCCUCCUGGCAAACAUGUGUGGGGAGAGGCACUAAUUUUAGACUCGCUCAGUCUUCAGGGCAGUUUCAACCGACCACACAUGGAGUCGAGUUUCCAGUCUCCAAGUCUGAGCGUGGAGUCCAGUCUGAAAGGGCUUCAGGUGGAACUUUCAGAGACAUGUGCACUGUGUCUGUCUCGACUGCUGUCCCUCAUCUACGUUCCUCGUGACACUGGGCCCCAGCUCUCUGAUGUGGCCGCGGUGUCCCCCCCUGGUGACAAUGCCGUCCAAACCUCCCCGUGCUCACAGCUACACCUGCUGUUUAAACUGGACUGUUGUCUGGAGGAUGUUAAUGUGUUCACACUGUCUAAUCUGGCAGGAGCUGUGUCUUUGCGAAUGGACACCGUCCGAGUCCUGAGCUCUGCAGAGAGCUCCACGGUGUCUCUUCAAGGUGUUAGCUUGUCAGCGAUCAAAACGCUCACAGAGAACAUGGAAUCAUGCCUGCCCGCCUCCGAAACUCCCAACCCUGUGCUCAAACUCACCAUGAUGGCCUUUACCUACCACAUCACCACCCACACGUUACAGAUUCAGGGUGAAGAGGAGUUCACUGUUGAAUGGACGCCACCGAAUCACAUGGUCUUAUAUCAACACCUGACUGAAGCUCAGGCUUGUUGGCGUAUGCUUUGCGGAGAGAAACCGAUCAAACGUGUAGAGAGUGAAAUUGUUUCAGGCCAGAGCAGAGUGCUGUGUGUGCGUGUUGAACUGGGCUGCACUCGUUUGACAGCUCAUGUUAGUGAGCAGAACUAUAUUCUCCUGCACACAGAGGCCCUCUCGGUCUCCAGGCAUGCUGGUUCUAUUCGCAUACAUUCUCCCUCCGUGAUCUUCAACUUUGAUGGCAACAACAUUGUCUCUUUUCAAGGUCUAGAUGUUGAAACACACACAGAGCUGGCUGAAAUGCAGCUGCACAAAGACACCUUCCCAUUCCUCACCACCCUUCACAACCGUGUCUGGGUCCUCACCUGCCCCUCUCUGUCUGUUGAGUUUCCAUACCAGUACAAUUUCUCAAACACCUUUGACAAGGCCAUUAGUGUGCAGAAGUGGCUAAAGUCUCUCCAUCACUCCCCAAACCAAGCUGCCACCUCCCAACACCUGCCUCCUGAUCUUGUAUUCAAAAUCAGCCAGUUCUCAUUUGUCUUCCUGGACGACAUCUUUGAAAUCAAACUGCGAGACAACUACGAACUCAUGAAGGACGAGAGUAAGGAAAGUGCAAAGCGUCUUCAACUUCUAGAUAAGAAGGUGGCAGAUCUGCGCAAGCAGCACGGAGAACUUCUUCCUGCCAGAAAGAUUGAAGAGCUGUAUAGUUCGCUGGAGAAAAAGCACAUUGAGAUCUACAUCCAGCGCUCACGUCGUCUCUACGCCAACACGCCCAUGAGGAAGUCCCUGCUGACCUGGACGGUGUCAGACUUGGAGCUCGUUGCCCUGGCUGAUCAGUCUCUUCAUGGACCAGAGAGGGUCAGAGAGCAGCUGAGAGACAUUGACGGGAUCAGUCCCUUCCCCAGAGAUGGGCUCCCUCUAGUGGUCCAGUGGUGCCGCGCUGUCAAGUUUAAACUGGCUGCAUUUUUGGUGAGAAUUCGGGAUUACCCUCGUUACCUGUUUGAGAUCCGGGACUGGAAGCUGUCAGGACGCCUGAUUGGGACCGAGCAGGACGGACAGGGCAGGGCUCAUCGCAAAGAGAUUGUCCCACUUGGCCCUCCAUGGGGAGAUGUGACAGUACACAGGAACAUGCCACCACUCAAGUUCUACUAUGAUUUCAAAUCUAACAUAAAUCUGUACACGAUUGUGUGGGGGCCAUGUUGGGAUCCUGCCUGGACUUUGAUUGGCCAGUCAGUUGACCUGCUGACCAAACCCACAGUUGAUCCCUCACCUCUUCUGGCCUGGUGGGACAAAAGUCGUCUUCUUCUGCAUGGGCGCUGGGUGAUGGACAUUGAUCAUGCUAACCUUCAUCAGCUGGCUACAGAGGAUCCUUACAACACCACAGAAAACCUUCACUGGGAGUGGAAUCAGCUGAACUUUGACUGGAACCCUGGUCAGUUUGUUUUUAAAGGAGAUUUGGAUGUAAAUGUCAGGACAGCAUCAAAGUAUGAUGACAUCUGUUUUCUACACCUGCCCAACCUGUGUAUGACCCUUGACCUCCAAUGGCUUUGCCAUGGCAACCCCCAUGACCACCAUGCUGUAAUGCUCUGCUGUGCAGAGAACAUUGCAGACAUGACCUCAGGACAACCUCAUGACUCCUACAGAGCCUUUCGCUCUGAGAACCUCAACCUCUCCAUCACCAUGGACCUUAACCAGCACUGUGGCACAGAAGCCCUCCAGCCUAGAAUCCUGCUGUACAGCAGCACCCUGCGUUGGAUGCAGAACUUUUGGGCAACCUGGACGGGUGUAUCUCGACCAAUUUGCAGAGGCAAGCUCUUCCACAGCCUCAGGCCUGUCCGCAAGAAGCUGGGUCAGCAUUACAAACAGAUGUCCUACACAGCUGCCUUCCCUCAACUACAAGUACAUUACUGGGCCUCCUUUGCCCAGCAGAGAGGUGUCCAAGUGGAGUGCAACAAAGGCCAUGUCUUCACUCGUGGGGCACAAAGGCUUAUUCCACAGGCUGGCACUGUGAUGAGGAGGCUUAUCUCUGAAUGGAAUGUGACUCAGAUGGUUAGUGAGCUGUCUCACGUGACUGUCCACCUAAUGGCCUCCACCUGGGAUGAGACGGCUGAUCACCAGAUGAACGCUCAGGUGAAGAAGACUCACCUGCUCAGCCUGUCUUCCCUGAGCUACCAGCGACAGAGCAACCACAUGGAGGAGGAGGUGAACCAGAAGGAUGAGACUAAUGCUUCUUACACUCACAAACUGUGCCUGGUGGACCUACGUGCUUCCUGGACCACCACUAACAGGAACAUAGCUUUUGGACUGUAUGACGGUUAUAAAAAGGCAUCUGUACUAAAGAGAAACCUCUCCACUGAAGCUUUGAAGGGUCUGAGGAUCGACACACAGCUGCAGACAAAGAAGCUCAAACGCUCUCCUUCCAACUACUCUCCCACCACAGCCCCUACCACACCAGUUAUGCCCACUGUUAGUCGAGCAGAAAAAAGUCAAAAUGAAGGAACAUCAAUGCUCCAGAAACUGAUUGAGGAAACAGACAAGUUUGUGGUGUUUUCAGAGGAGGACUCAGGUGUCAGCGACCAGCUGUGCGGCAUUGCAGCCUGUCAGACCGACGAUGUCUACAACCGUAACUGGUUUAUCGAGCUGGUCAACUGCCAGAUGAUGUUGCGUGGCACGGAGACUGCAGGCUGUGUGCUGGUGUCUGCAGCAAAGGCUCAGCUGCUUCAGUGUGAGCACCACCCUGCCUGGUACAACGACACCCUGAAGCAGAAAACCACCUGGACCUGUCUGCUGGAUGGCAUGCAGUACUUUGCCACCAUGGAACCAAACCCAUCUGAGCAAGAGGACAGACAGUUGUGGCUGGAGGUAAAAAACAUAGAGGAGCACAGGCAGCGUAACGUGGACUCAGUGCUGGAGCUGAUGGAGAGUGGCCAGGCUGUGGGAGGAAUGGUUAGCACCACUACAGACUGGAACCAGCCAGCCCAGGUGAACGAGGCUCAGCAGGUUCAGCGUAUCAUCUCUCGCUGUAGCUGCCGGAUGCACUACAUCAGUUACAGUCACGACAUCAACCCAGAGGUGGCCACCCAGAUCAAACCACCAGAGCUGAGGAAUAACCAUGAAAAAGAGGACUUACUGAAAAAACAGGCUGGUGCUGUGGACACCUUCACCCUUAUUCACCAUGAUCUUGAGAUAUCCACUAACCCUGUUCAGUACGCUAUGAUCCUGGACAUCGUCAACAAUCUGUUGUUGCAUGUGGAGCCCAGACGAAAGGAGCACAGUGAGAAAAAGCAGCGUGUACGUUUCCAGCUGGAAAUUUCUAGCAACCCUGAGGAGCAGCGCAGCAGCAUCCUGCACCUUCAGGAGGCCGUCAGGCAGCACCUCACCCAGAUCAGACGCCUUGAGAAACAGAUUUACUCCAACAUCAGGGCACAACCUGAGGAACUAAGCAGUGAUGAACUGAUGGAGAUCAACACCAGACUGCAGAACCAGUUAAACCAGGAGAAGAAUGACAUGCAGAUGAAGAGCGAAGAGCUCAACAUUCUCAUCAGGUGCUUUAAGGACUUCCAGCUGCAACGAGCAAACAAGCUGGAGCUGCGUAAGCCCCCAGAGGAUGUGAGUGUGGUGAGGAGAACUGAGAUCUACUUUGCCCAGGCCCGCUGGUGUCUGACCGAGGAGGACGGCCAGCUUGGCAUCGCUGAAUUAGAGCUGCAGAGGUUCAUGUACAGUAAGCUGAACAAGUCUGAUGACACAGCAGAGCAUCUUUUGGAGUUAGGAUGGUUCACAAUGAACAACCUACUGCCCAAUGCAGCAUACAAGGUCGUCCUUCGCCCUCAGAGUAACUGCCAGUCUGGACGACAGUUUGCUUUGCGUAUCUUCAGCAAAGUACGCCCCCCUGUGGGAGGAAUCUCUGUUAAGGAACACUUUGAGGUGAACGUGGUGCCUCUCACCAUCCAGCUAAUGUACCAGUUCUUCAAGAGGAUGAUGGGAUUUUUCUUCCCAGGAAGAAAUGUUGAGGAGGAGGAGGUCACAGAUGAGGAAGACAAGUUUAGACUGGUUACCACAGGUAUCCCUGUCAAGCCUCGCCAGUCAUCAGAGGACACCAUGGGUGCUAUGGGCCCCAGCAAAAGUGUCGCCCAGGGGCUGAACCGCACUGCAGGGGUCAGGAGGUCAUUCAGGAAACCUCCGGAGCAUCCUGUUGAUGACAUCGAUAAGAUGAAGGAACGAGCUGCAAUGAACAACUCCUUCAUCUACAUCAAGAUUCCCCAAGUGCCUCUCUGUGUCAGCUAUAAGGGAGAAAAGAGCAGUGUGGACUGGAAGGACCUGAACCUGGUUCUGCCCUGUUUGGAGUACCACAACAACACCUGGACAUGGCUCGACUUUGCCAUGGCUGUGAAACGGGACAGCCGGAAAGCACUUGUCGCUCAGAUGAUAAAGGAGAAGCUGCGUCUGAAACCAGCUUCGGGCUCAGACCUGCGGGGGAAAGCGUCUGAAGGGAAGUCUGACAACAGCCUGCAGCAGCAGGAGGAAGAUGAAAAGGCGCGGCUCCUCAUCGGCCUCAGCACCGCAGACAAAAGCUCCAGCAAGAAGAGCAUCUUCAGUCGACGCAAGUGAAGCAACAAACACUCGCACAUUCACACCACGUCAGAAUCCGACUGGAUGAUCCACUGCAGCAGCUGCCGAAAUCCCUCAGCAUGGGGAUCAGGGAAGAUGCAGCUCUGCUUCUUAGGGGUCAGGACAUCAGUCUGGCUUUGUGAAUAUCAAUGAAAAAGGGAGGUAGUGGAGCUUUUCAAAUAGUUUUAGAGGAUACCUUACUGUAUUGUGUGAGCCUGCUGAACUAAAAGUAAAAUCCUGGAGGGUUUUUUUUCAGUACUCCUGGUGUCUCUCAAAUUAGAGUUUAUGGCCAAAAUCCCUGCAGGAACUCAAACAACUCCAGGAUUACCAGGGUGCCAUUAUGACCAAAUAUAUACACACUUGCUUGUUUAUUUGUGUGCCAUUUAAAUAUUCACUCUGCAUUUCAUACACUCUUAACACAACUCUCAAAACAAUGACCUCUUAAGUUGCAAUGACUAUAGCGAGGAGGACUUACAGUAUGUAGCUAGCCCUUCACUGUUACUGUUUCCUCUGCUUGGAUGAAUGCAAGACUGAGAGCACCUUUUCCUGCUGGCUCAGGAACACUGUAUGUCGAACUUGUUAAAAUCUGCUAGAAUAAAUACGACUCCAUUGAAAGCACCUUCAAUGCUGCCAGCUGUAGAAAAAUAGACCUUGAAAUGUCAUAAAGAAAUAUAUCAAAUAUGUUUUAUCAAUCCAAGCUUAAAGAUGUUGUAUAUGGCUGUAUGACUGUCACUCUGACAUGAAGGCCUUUUCCCACAAAUGACCACAUAAUAAAAUAAUGCUAUUUUAUAUGUCACCUGCACCCCCUCAGCUAGCUGUACCUCACGCCAGUGCAAUAUAUCAAGACCAGAGCAGGAAAAACAUUUUAAUUAGUUGUAUACUGUGGCACGUGGUUUGAUGGUAUUGUGGCAAAAAAACGCAAAUAUGUUGCAGCUCAUGGCUGAGUGUAUGUUUUGUAAUUUUAUUACUAAAGCACUUUUUAUGCAAAGUAUUUUGAUAUUUUUGUAAGCGGGGUUGUUUUGUGUUGAAUUUCUUGUAUAACUGUGCUGCUAAGCCUGUUAUUUCAGUCACAUUUCAAUGAAGAAGAAGAAGAAAAAUAAAUAAAUACACCCUGAACAUUUCAAUUAAAACUGAUCAUAUCGCUAAAGCAGAUGUAUCUACAUUUCUAUCAGCUCUGUUGGCUUAUUGUUUAUCUGUCAAUAAUAAUAAUAAAAAAAAGUGUUCUAGUC